GUCAACAAUAAUAAAAAAGCACCAGCGCUCGUUUCAAUUUGACAUCAAUGUUUUUUUUGGGUGUUUUUGGUGGGAAUUAUGAAGCUCUGGGGGGUGAUAUUGUUGAUCAAUGAUGUGGCCAUGAUUGUGGGAGGGGGAGGCAGUGAAAAUUAUGGGGGAAUUCGAAGGUCUAGGGAGGACUAUGGGACCCUUGAGGAUGGCGAGGUGCUGAGUACGAAUGAUGGGUAUUACGGGAGCACUAGUUCACCAGUAUCACUGUCUCGAGAGCUCCAGCUUACAACUCAAACAAAACUCUCGACUACACGAGUUACUGAGCAUCCAUCACAGGAUCAGAGUAUUACGGGAAAGUGCGAGAUAUACUCAGGAGGCCUCUGCCCGGAGUAUCUGUUCAACCGUUCGAUAUACAUCCCCCCCUGGACGUCUCAAAGACAGACGGAAGAAGCUCUAUCCCAUGCCUGGGACUCUCUCUACAAAUCAAUAGAGGAUCCAUCGAUCUGUGCACCAUACCUGCUGGAGGUUCUGUGCUACUCGUCCUUUCCGAUGUGCAGUUCGAGCUCCACAGAGCCCUCAACAAGCAGAACUCAAAAUCCAGAGGAAUUGAUCCCAAAGGUUCCCCGUAGCCUCUGCCGAGAAGAUUGCCAGGUCCUUCAGUCCUCCUGCAGGAAAUCGUAUACCCAAGCAAGUCAUCAUCCUCUAUUAAGUGUCUCAUUGCUGGCCUGUCCCUUAUCACCCGUUGAAACAACAGAGAAGCUCUCGCGGUGUGUCACCCUGAGGCUACCCUCGCAGAUGGACCUAAACGAGAAAGAUCACUGUUACUGGGGAAAUGGAGCAGCCUAUCGAGGUCCAAUAAAUACAAGUGCCUCAGGGUUUCCUUGUUUGAGAUGGAUGGAUCACUUUCCACACUCGAUAAUCGAUUACCGAGAGCUCAGUGGACGCCACAAUUACUGUCGAAACCCCGAUGGUGGUGACCCUCAACCCUGGUGCUACAUCGAUGUCGAUGGGUUACCCAGGAAACAGUCUUGCAACAUAUCCAGAUGCAGUGACCACCCAACGACAGUCUCUAGCCCCCCUGACAUCCCGAAAAAAAUUCACCACGAAGGGAGCUGUGAGGUAUACGUUGGAAAAACGUGUGAACAGUAUGUAGGGAAUCAAACUGUCUACAUCCCAUACCCCAUGACCCAGAAAAUGCUCGAGGAAAAGCUCAUGCAAGCGUUUGGCGUCAUAAAUAUUUCCAAAGACCUGUCCCGAAAUUGUGCAGGAUAUGCAAAACCUUCGUUGUGUUUUUCGGUCUUUCCCAUCUGUCGUGAAAAUCGUUUCAGCACCGAGUUGUUCAAUCUGCUGCACUCUGGGGAUCAGGAGGAGGGAGGGGACGAUGAGAACGAGGGAAGUGAUGAGUUGGCUCCUCCCAGGGGAAUUCUCAGAAAGAGGAGUCCCCAGAUCAGUCAUCGGUCUAGUUUAAAUGUCGAGCAGAAUGAGAGGAUUAGUGGGAAGAGAUUCGGGGAAGCCAGAAGUGCCCGAAGGGAUAUGCUCAACAGGAAACUCAGGAGAAUAUGUCGAGAGGACUGCGAGAUGCUGGAGGAUGAGCUCUGCAGGAAGGAAUAUGCAAUUGCCAAACGUCAUCCUCUUCUUGGGGGACAGGUACCUCUGCAGGAGUGCUCGGAUCUGCCACUUCCUGGCACUAAGGAGUCACAGCAGUGUCUUUCCUUAGGCAUUAUGUUGGUGAACAAUGCACAGGAAAAUGAUCGAUGCUACUGGGGGAAUGGAUCCUCGUACCGGGGUGUUAUGAAUGUCAGCCGAUCUGGAAAGCCCUGUGUUAGGUGGUCUUAUCACUUUAAUCUACCCAUAUCUGAUUUUCCUGAACUGCAGGGACGACAUUCCUACUGCAGAAAUCCUAAUGUUGUGGGGUCUACGGACACACAACCCUGGUGCUAUGUCGAAGCUAAUAAUAAGGUUCAAAAAGAGCCCUGCGAAAUCUCCAGGUGCGCAGACAGCCUAUGGGUUUAUGUAGUGAUCGGCCUAGCUCUCGCAUCUGGUUUUGUAUUCAUAAUUGGCUGUUAUUGCUGCUGUUACAAAACUCGAAAAAUCCGGAGGAGGCCCUCGCACAAUCUGCCCACUGGAAAAAUGAUGACGGGUGUCCAGUGCGACAAGAAUAUCUACGAUGGGAGGAGAAACACGAGUCAACCAAUCGAGUUGAGUUCCCUCUUGGCCAGUGGAAAUGGAGGGGCUACAACGCCAGGCACUGGAACCCUGAGUAGUACCAGCAGUAGAGCCUCCACCAACAGAGUACCUCAGUACUCUCUGGAGAAUGUUGCACUGCUACAAGAACUCGGGGAGGGGGCCUUUGGAAAGGUGUACAAGGGGCAGUUGCAGCCAGUGCCAGGGGCCAAGUAUCAGGAAGGUAUUUUCGUUGCAGUGAAGACCCUUAAGGAGAAUGCCACCCCCAAGACUCAGAGUGACUUCAAAAGGGAGGUCGAUCUGAUGACAGACCUGAGGCAUCCUAACAUAAUUUGCCUCCUGGGUGUUGUUCUCAAGGGCGAACCCAUGUGCAUGCUCUUUGAGUACAUGACACAGGGGGAUCUACACGAGUUCCUCAUCUGCCACUCACCCAGGUCCGAAGUCACCCUCAACAGUGUCAGUGAGAAGGUCCUGGAACAGCCAGAGUUUCUUCACAUUUCCCUGCAGAUAGCCUCAGGCAUGGAGUACCUUGCUGGUCAUCAUUAUGUCCAUCGAGAUCUGGCUGCAAGGAACUGCCUUGUAGGGGAAAACCUCACAGUAAAAAUUUCCGACUUUGGUCUCUCCAGGGAUAUCUACAGCAGUGACUACUACAGGGUCCAGUCGAAGAGCCUCUUACCUGUACGUUGGAUGCCACCAGAAUCCAUUCUCUAUGGUAAAUUCACCACUGAGUCUGAUGUCUGGAGUUUCGGGGUUGUUCUCUGGGAGAUAUACAGCUAUGGAUUACAGCCGUACUAUGGAUACAACAAUCAGGAGGUGAUCGAUAUGAUCAGGUCUAGGCAACUUCUGCCCUGUCCUGAGGAUUGUCCCACAAUGGUGUACAGUUUGAUGAUCGAGUGCUGGCAUGAGGUGGCUAAUCGCAGGCCACAAUUUCCGGAGAUUCACCACAGGCUACACAAUUGGUACGUCAAUCAAACCUAUCUCGUAGGCCACAAGACCUCCAGCAAGGCUGGAUCACCUGCCAUCUGUGGCAGGGAGGGUACAUUAUCCAGAGCCUCGCCUAAGGGCGGACUUUCUAAUCAUGAACAUGUUAAUGUCAAUUCCGUGGAGGAGAAACCAUGCUGCUCUCCUAAACUCAGUGGCGCCAGGAAAGUUCUGCCUACUGGGCCACAGGUCAAAUCUUCACCUAGUUGUAGAAUUCAAAAUGGAGCGCAAAUGGUCGUCAGACUGCCAGAUCCUAGUAAAGACGUUACAGAGACUAGAUUGUCGAAGUAAUUUUAUGGGUGUUCAAUGUUUUAUAUGUUUAUUUGGCACUUUGGUUGGCACAUUUGCCUUCGAGGAGCUCUCAACCUCCGGUUUUUAAACCACAAGGAAAAAAUAUGGCCUGCAAAGUGGUAAAGCGAGAGAUGAAUUUUAAAAUGUCGUAAAUUCACUAAAAUUCAUUCGAGGCGAAUACUUCCCAUAAAUUUUCAACUUAAAUCAAUAGUUUUCUUAAUAAAUUGAUAAUUAACAGGAGUUAAAAUCAUCUGAUAUCAGUUUUCCACUUUGCCAUUGAUUUUUUAAAAAAUUUUGUAGACGUAGGGCGCAAGGGUUGGGCUUCUGGAGGGAAUGUGUCGAGCAUUGGCGACUGACUGACUAAUUAAUCGUAUUUAUUUAUUUAUCAAUAUCUGAGGGCUCCCUUUUGGAAAUCUGACGUCGCAAAUAGUAAUGUGUGAAUAGGCGAAAUUUCAGAUCAUUCGUAGUGAAUCGAAAAAUUACAAAUUACUGCCAAUAGAUGAAUUACUAUUUGAUGGAUUUUCACAUAAUUUGGAUUAUUUGAAUGUAAUAUCGUAAUAAUUCAAUGUUAUACAAUACAAUAUGAAUAAUUGGAGAAAUUGAAUAAUGUGGAGUGAUUUGUUAUUUCGAAUAAUUCAAAGUUUUGAAUUAUUGGAUUCGAAUGGAAUUUCACUGUUCGAGUACAGUAUUCGAUUCGAUCACUAUUCACACAGCUCUAGUCUCAAAUGCAUUUUAAUCGUUUGGGUGAACUAUCAAUGCUCAGUAUGGAAACGAUAUACUACAAAGCGAAAAUUGAAACAAUAAUUUAUGUGUUCUAUAUGGAAGCAAGAGGAAAUUGUUGUAUUGUCCAAGAUAACUGUACGUGAUGUAUUUCUACUGCGAGAUGUUUUACGAUUAAUGGAGGUGAUUGAAGAAUUGGGUUUUAAAUUUCCUCGAAUCUAUUGAGACUGCUGGAGUGACAAAAAGAUGAACUAUAUUUUACAACUUCUGGCUGUACCAGAGAUGUGAGUGGAUAUCAAUUAACAAAAUAUGUACUUAAAGUUCAAGAUAAGUAAGAAUAGUAUUUAACCCUGAGGUAUUUCUGGCGACUGACGAUGUGUGAAUUUUUACUAUUUUCUGAAGGGUGGGGUUGUGAAAAUUUAUUAAAUCUACUCUACAACAGCUGCCGGACGAAUAUCUUCUCAGGUUCCUCAUCUUAUCGUUUUCGUAUGAUAUACAUACAGUCUACGUAAAUAUAUAUACAUAAGAUUUUUGUAUAUUCAGUACAAUAAAAUUAAUGUUUUUUUCCA